AUGCGUCAAUUGAAUAUCAAAACAGGAAUGCCAAUAUUUGCAAGUGAAACCUACAUAUUCAAAAAAAUCAAAAUUAUUUUUCAGGGAAGCAGCUUCGACUCCAAUGAGCAUGCCUUUGAUGACAUGAAACAACUGAUUUCAGAAGAAGAGAAUGAGAAAACGAAUACACUUCCCUGGGCUAGUUUCAAUUUCAUUAAUUCUAUAUUGGGCAGUGGGGUUAUAGGAAUACCUUAUGCACUUCACGAGGCAGGUUUUGGUUUUGGAAUCCUUCUUUUGGUUCUUGUGGCUUUUGUUACUGAUUAUUCGCUGAUUCUGAUGGUGAGAAGUGGACAUAUUAGUGGAAAAUUCUCCUAUCAAGGUAUUAUGGAAGCUGCUUUCGGAAGACCAGGGUAUUAUCUGCUUGGUAUUCUUCAGUUUGCCUAUCCAUUUGUUGCUAUGGUUUCAUAUAACAUCGUGGUGGGGGAUACUGUAACCAAAGUUAUAAUGAGGCUCCUAGGAAUCGGAUCUGAUUCGUUCUUCGCAAAACGAGAAGUUAUAGUUUUCAUAGCUACUAUAUUUGUUUCUGUUCCACUCUGCCUCUACAGAGAUGUUGCCAAGUUAGCCAAGAUUUCUUUCCUCAGUCUCAUCUGUAUAGUCUUUAUCCUAUUUUCAAUAUUCGUCAGAAUUGGAUACAUUAGUGACAUAGUUCCUCAACAUCCAGAUUCAUGGAGGUUCAUUAACAAGGAUAUUAUUCCAGCAAUUGGUAUUAUGGCUUUCGCAUUCAUGUGUCACCAUAAUACAUUUCUGAUAUAUGGAUCUAUCACAGAUCCCAACCAGAAGAAAUGGGAAGUAGUAACUCAUGCUUCUAUAGCCACCAGUUUAUUUGUUGCUGUUUUAUUUGGUAUAGCUGGAUAUACAACUUUCAAAGCAUAUUCUCAAGGGGAUCUUUUGGAGAACUAUUGUUGGGACGACGAUCUCAUGAAUGUUAGCCGCUUGUUAUUCAGCGUCCAAAUUCUUCUUACUUUCCCGAUUGAAUGUUUUGUAACAAGAGAAGUCAUUGAGACAACGAUAAUAGGAAGAGAUCCCAAUGUACCAAUGUCGGAAAAGCUACAUUACCUUCUCACUUUGAGCAUUAUCGCAAUUACCUAUGUUAUUUCAAUUACAACCUAUUGCCUUGGUGUAGUACUGGAACUGAACGUGAGUAUUAUUUAAUAUUUUCAGG